AUGAGUCUAUCUACACCCCACCACAUCGAUUUCGGAGGCCAUAACAAGGAGGAGGAGGAGGAGGAGGGUGAGAGGCGUUUGCGUUACCUUUACUCCUUCCACGACACAUUGGUGAUGCUGGCAAAUCUCUCGGCGCUCCCAGCAACAUGCGCAGGAGGUUGCGACUUUUUUAUUGGUCGUGGUCGAGGUCGCGGUCGAGCAACGGGGGUGAGGGGAACCGGGGACAGCCCUUCGAAGUAUUCUGCGUCUGAAUCCAUGGUGCUUGCGGCUCUAGCCGGGGUUGCCUGCGUGUCGCAACUCUUGCUGGUGUACGCAAUGCCGCUUCUUCUUCCCUCCACUCCUGGCCUCUUCUAUGCUUCUUCCAUCGCCUUCUUUGCCCCCUUCUCCGCCUCCGCCAAUGCCCUCUUUUCCUGUUUCUCUGCCUCCGUCGCUGCCUUUUUCGCCCCAGCCGUAUUCUGCUUCUCCCUGGCUUUCUCUCGUUUUUCCUCAUCUGCAAUAUCCUUAUAG